UGUCUGCUUCCACGAACCGGCGUGACUUUGACACUGUACAUUCAUAACAAGAUGCACGAAUCGGCAUUUUGUAAAAUGAUAACAAUUUCAAUUGUGUCUGGAAAGUUUUAUUUAUUUAUAUAAGGGACAGUUCGCGAGUGAAAGUAUUAAGUUACUCACCUCUAUGCCUCCAGUCAGUUCGUCUUGCGGAUCUAAGAGUAAGAUAGCCGUGAAGAAGAACCUAGAAACGAUACUUGCGGAGGAUAAAAUAGUACAUUUCCAACCGAGAUGCUUAGUAUGAAGGUAAUCAACAGAUGACUCCACUGUACCUGCAGCCACAGAUAGUCAACCAUGACACUAACAGAUAUCAUUGCUUCACUGAAAGACAACCCUUACUUUGGAGCUGGGUUUGGUCUGUUUGGUCUAGGGGCAGCAGCAGCACUUUCAAGGAAGUCUCUUCAAGCCGGUAUGAUUAUGUUUCGUAGACACUGUAUGAUCACGCUUGAGGUAUCAAGUAGAGACAAGAGCUACUUCUGGCUAUUGCAAUGGAUCUCCACCCAUGGUACACGUACGCAGCAUCUCAGUGUUCAAACAACCUUCAACCAAACAGAGACUGGCAAGGUCAGCACACAGUUUGACUUUGUACCAAGUCCAGGUAGCCAUUUUUUUCGUUAUGGCAAUAAUUGGAUCAGAGUUGAAAGAAAUCGAGAGAAGCAGAUGUUAGAUCUGCAGACAGGUGUUCCCUUUGAGACUGUCACUUUGACAUCAGUGGGCAGAAACAGAGAAAUGUUCUUCGAUAUCUUAGACCAGGCCAGAAAACUAGCCCUGCAGAAACAGGAAGGGAAGACAGUGAUGUAUACUGCCAUGGGGGCGGAAUGGAGGCCUUUCGGCUACCCACGGAGAAAGAGGCCAAUGUCAUCUGUUGUGCUGGAUAGAGGGAUAUCAGAGAAGAUAUUGGAUGACAUUAGAGAGUUUACUGAAAAACCAGAGUGGUACAUUGAAAGAGGCAUUCCAUAUCGCCGUGGGUAUCUGUUGUAUGGCCCUCCAGGUUGUGGGAAGAGCAGCUAUAUUGUGGCUUUAGCAGGUGCACUGGAUUACAGUAUAUGUGUGUUGAACCUGUCGGAGCGGGGAUUGUCAGAUGACCGCCUGAAUCACCUUCUCACAGUUGCCCCGGAGCAGAGUAUCAUCCUCCUGGAAGAUGUAGAUGCAGCCUUCCUCAGUCGUGACCUGGCCAAGGAAAAUCCCGCGGCCUUCCAGGGUAUGGGUCGGCUCACCUUUAGUGGUCUCCUGAAUGCUCUGGAUGGAGUGGCAUCAGCCGAGGCUCGUAUCAUCUUCAUGACAACCAACUACAUUGACAGACUUGACCCAGCUCUGAUCCGGCCUGGUCGUGUUGAUCUAAAGGAGAGGAUUGACUAUGCCAGCGAGCACCAGCUCCGGCAGAUGUUCAGCAGGUUCUACCCAGACCAACCAGAGUCUUCAUCUCAGGAGUUUGCCCAGCGAGUGCUGGCUGACGGUCGACCAGUGAGUGUGGCUCAAAUACAGGGCUACUUCAUGAUGCACAAGGCAGAACCAGAUCAGGUUCUACGCCAGAUUGAGGAACUAUGGACUAUAUGAUUGGCAUGAAUAUUCAACAAUAAACUCAGCCACACUGUAGUAUUGGGUGAACCAUAUUGUGAUCAUGAUUUAUGCACACGAGAAAACUUCAUGGAAACAAAUCAUUGAUGAGUCCAGUAAGGUCUCUAUGUUGAUGAUGAUGAUGAUGAUGAUGAUGAAACAAAAGUGACCUGGAGCUAGUGACAAUGAAACAUGUGUGUGUGAUAGUCUGUGUGCAUGUAUAAAUACAAAACGGUUUGAAUAUAUACACCUGGAAAAAGGUUAAGCAGAAUUCUUAUGUACCUUAACUUGCUUAUAAACUGCUCAAAUAAUCUUUAGGACACCCAUUUGUUCUAUGUUUCUAUAGUUCAUCUGCAUACAGAGUGGCUAUAGUAAUAGUAGAGAAUCAGGUUGUCAUAACUGUAGUAGGAAUCCUUAACCAAUUUUGAGUAGUUUAUCACAUGGUGCAGGUACAAAGAGGAAGCUGUUGUAAGGGUAGUCAAAUAACUAUUACACAAUAUCAUCACAAUGUACUUCAGUGUCUCUAUUUGAAAAUGAGUUUGACAGUUUGUAAACAAAAACAAGGUGUUUCCUAAGAACAAAUAGCAGAUACAUGGUGUUUUGAAUUGUUAAUUGUACAUGGAAAUAUGCUCUUAAAAUCUUUAAGAGGUAUAAUCAGUUCUUCAUAGUAUUUGUUAUGUACUUGACAUAUACUACUCAACAUUGAUGGAGAAAAUGAAUGUUUCCAUUUCAUUUAAAUAUCCUUAAUGUUUUAAGAGUUGAUUUUGUGCGAAAGAUAAAAAUCCCUAUCAGUAGUGGAGCAGUAUAUAUAGCAGUAUAUAAUAGGGACAGUGGGGUAGCCUAGUGGUUAAAGCGUUCGCUUGUCAUGCCGAAGACCCGGGUUCGAGUCCGUACAUGGGUACAAUGUGUAAAGCCCAUUUCAUGUGUCCUCACCGUGAUGUUGCUGGAAUAUUGCUAAAAGAAGAGUAAAACUAAACUCACUCACCCAUUCACAUAUAGCAGUAUAUGAUAGGGGUGUUUAAAUAUCUUCAGGUGUGUAUGUGAUUUACUGUUAAUGUGUUGUUACUGAAGUAAACCAGAAACUGUGAUUUCCUUCA